CGUUUGACUGUCGAAACAAAUACCAGAAGACGCCAUGUGUUCUAAGGUCCUAUUUGCAUCCUUCUGCCUGGUGGCUUUGGCCAUGGGACGCCCUGACGGCACUCCUGCUCCUGCAGGAUACGGUUACGAAGCCCCUAAGCAUCAGCCGAGUUAUGAGAAGGGCAUGCCAUUCGACCUACAACUACGUCGUCAAGGACGACUACCAAAACCUCGACUUCGGCCACGAGUCCAACUCCGACGGGAAGGUGGUGACCGGCGACUACCACGUCCUCCUCCCCGACGGUCGCAUUCAGACCGUCGUUUACACCGCCGAUUACAACGGUUACCGGGCUGAGGUUACUUACCAGGGAGAAGCCAAGUACCCCGAAGCCAAGCCCUAUGCCCCUGCUCCGUCCUACGGCGCCCCUAAACCCACUUAUGGUGCCCCUGAACCCACUUACAAAGAACCUGCCCCAGUCUAUGGAGCCCCAGCUCAAACUUACGAGGAACCCAAAGCUCUCUAUGGCGCUCCCGAAUACUGAAGUAUAUCGAAUAUCUAAUUAGUUCCUGUAUUUAUUCAUCUAUUAUGUAAAUAAAGCAAAUACCUA